AUGGAGCACCCGCGAGCAUCUUCGCGGGCCCCCGCCAGUGACGUCGACCGGCUGGCUGCCGAGUUGACCGACAAGUUCCGCACUGUCCUCAGCACUAAGCGCAUGAACGACCUCUCUACCAGCGUUUCACACUCUCGCUCCGCAUCGCCUGCUCCGCGAGACUACGGCACACCACAGCCGCCAACCACACAACCGCCGGCAUACACGUCGGUCAAGAACAUCCCACUGGUCGCCCAACCGCCCAACCCCAGCGACCUGCGCUCGAUGCGCUUCCGCAACAUGCUGCACUCGCUCUCCGCCAUGCCCUCCCGAUGGGAGAACCCUGGACUGCUGGACGAGGCCCUGCGAGUUGUCCCCCUUGAGCAGAUCUACGCCGAGGCCGACGAGGAGAGCCAGAUCCUGCAAGCCGAGGCCGACAGUCUCGGCGCCGGCAAGAAGGCCGCCUGGGGCUACCAGGACUGCGUUGUCCGUGCCCUGCUGCGAUGGUUCAAGCGCUCCUUCUUCCAGUGGGUCAACAACCCGCCGUGUUCGCGGUGCUACUCGCCCACAGUCGCCGUCGGACUCACCACACCACUCCCUGACGAGCAGGCCCGCGGUGCUACCCAGGUAGAGGCCUACAAGUGCUCGCACGAAGGCUGCCAGAAUUACGAGCGUUUUCCCCGCUACAACGAUGCAUUCGUCCUGCUCCAGACCCGUAAGGGCCGUUGCGGCGAAUGGGCCAACUGCUUCAGCAUGCUCUGCCGGGCCGUUGGAUCGCGAGUCCGCUGGGUUUGGAACGCAGAGGACCACGUCUGGACAGAGGUCUACUCAGUACACCGCAAGCGCUGGGUACACGUAGACGCCUGCGAAGAGGCCUGGGACAAGCCCCGGCUGUACACUGAUGGCUGGGGCAAGAAGCUGUCUUACUGCAUCGCCUUCUCCGCCGAUGGUGCCAUGGACGUCACUCGACGCUACGUUCGUGACCAGAACAAACAUGCAGCUGCCCGCAACCGCGCACCUGAGGCCGUCCUUCUCCACAUCAUGGACGAGAUCCGUGCUGUGCGACGCAAGGACAUGUCCAAGCAGGACAAGUUCCGCCUGAAUGGGGAGGACCUCCGCGAGGCCAAGGAACUGCACGGUUAUGUCAUCUCAUCCAUUGCGCACGACAUCUGCAGGCUCAAGCCACAGGAUAUCAUCAACGGAACGCCUCCCCAAGAGUCCGACAAGGCGUUGGAAGGUCGCAUGAGCGGCAACCAGGCCUGGAUUCGUGCACGCAAUGAGCAAGGCCGCGGACAGUCGCACCAGCAAGACCCUCGCAACCAGCACCCACAUUGA